AUGCCUGCACCCGGAGCCACCAUGCGUCUCCGCUUACGCGCAGAUAUCGGAGCUCCGCUACACACGGCGCUCUCCUCGAAACGAUCCGCAGAUUGUGCCGAUCCCAGCUUCCCGCUCAAGCCCUUCCCAUCGACGUCGUUCCCAUUUAGGCCGGUUUGGCUCCCAGCUCCGCAAUCGCCAUACAGUGCUUUCUCCUUACGAUCCAGCGGCAUCCUCUCUUUCGACACCCUCCAUCACCCAACAUCCCUUAGCGGCCUUUUCCUUUUCACAGCGUGCCGGCGCUAUAAGUAUCCCAAUCUUGUACCGGCGGUGCGCCCCUUCGCAUGCCGUCUUGAACCACGCUCGACAAUCUCGCUGGGACGAGCGGUUUGGGUCGACAUGCGUUGCCUCGCCCAGCUGCUCCUCUUGCUGGUAGCAACCACCAUCACCUUGACCACAACCGCAAACGCUUGGGACUGGCUUCCUGCCACCGACAAGAAUCGCACGCUCGACACCACUUUUGUCGUCAAGGCCGCGCCACCCUCGUCCUACAAUGGCCCCAUCCUCACAACGGCACAGCAGCAGGGCCUCAAUGCAACCGACUUUUACUUGUACAACUACAUCACCACCGGCUACAAUGCCACCAAGAUUCAGCGCGCCGUCAUCAUGCUUCACGGCCUUGGUCGCGAUGCAUGGUCCUACUUCGACCAGACCCACGUGGCCUUGCUCAAUGCAACCUCGCGCAAGGAACGCACCACCCACCAAUCGCGUCUGCGCGCCGACGAGGUCGUCAUCAUGGCUCCCAUCUUUUUGAACCAGCAGGAUCCAGGCUGCUAUCCCGUCGAUGCCAACAAGCAGCCCAACUCGACCGCACUCGUGUGGAACGAUAGCGACUGGGCCGAAGGUGCCGACUCGAUCUAUCCUGCCACCGUCAAUGACGCGCAGGGCAUUCCAUUCGCUGCGCCGGGGGUGUCAUCGUUCGAAGCUCUCGAUAUGGCCGUGGGACGAUUCGCCAACAAGACGCUCUUCCCUAACCUCAACACGAUCAUCGUCGCAGGGCACAGUCUGGGCGCGCAGAUGGUACAGAGGUAUGCACUGAUCGGUGCGGUACCCUCCGGGACGGUGCCUGUGCACUUUGUCGUGGCCAACCCGGGCUCGUAUGCCUAUCUGACAGAGUGGAGACCGCGAUCGUACGACAACUGCACGGACACCUUCAACGACUGGAAGUUUGGCCUCAAUGCAUACUCGCAGUCGUAUCUGUCCGACUUUAUCACCGACUCUCUCGACUCCACCAAUGAUGUGGAGAGUGUCGUACAGAGGUAUCGCCGACGUAUUGUGUCGUACCUCUUUGGUUUGGCGGAUCACGGCAAAGGCGAUACGAGGUGUGAAGCGCUAGCGCAGGGAACUACGCAUUUGGGACGAGGCAGAAACUUUGUCAAGCACCUCACCGACAUGGACGGAGGAUUUCCGGCCGCUCAUACGGUCAACUACAUCCCCAAUGUCUCGCAUGAUGGCUUGGGCAUGUUUACGAGCCAAGCGGGUCUGGAGAGGCUGUUCUUUAUCAACUUGAACGGUACAGAGACUCCGACGGCGGUAGGGGACGAUGAUCAGAGCGCCGCAAAUUGGCAGCAGGCCAAGAAGAGCGCUCAGCACAGCGCGUCGAGCGCUGCGAGCGAGAGGGCGAGAUUGGUGGCGGUCGGUGUGGUUGCGGUGGUUGUGGCCGUGGUGCUGCUGUAG